AAAAAAAAUAAUCUAUUUUGGGAAAACCCCACACUGUUCUAAAGCCUCUGGUUUUAGGGUUUAAGCCGACGGAGGAGACGGAAAAAUCGCCAUCUCUGGAGUCCAGGUUAGAAUUGAUUCCUCAAAUUUCAAUUCUUCGCAUUACAUGACCCAAUAAUUCCGUCUACAUCUUCGAUGAUCCGUGGAAGAACCGCGAAAGUAAUUCCCAGAAAUGUCAUUUUUACGCUUAGUAGGAGUUCCAUUUCUGAGUCUCCAUUGAUUUCUCCGAGUCGAAUAAACCCUAAAUUAGCCGGUAGUUUCUCGUUCAACAUCCGAUUAUUGAGCUAUUUCACUGUUAGAAAUGGCUUUUGUCCCGAUUGUUCUGUACCGAGAGACCCUAAUUUUGUUGGAUUGACUACACAAUGUCGGAGUAUUGUCAGGAGGUUUUGUAGUGAAAAGAUUGGAAGUAGUGAAUCUAGUGGCUGGACAGAGGAGGUUGAGUAUUUAGAUGAGUCGGGUAGUGUACUACACAGUGGUAAGGGAAUAAGAUCAGUAGAGCCAGGGCUUGAUGACCAUGUAAUGGUUGGUGGAUUGAAGAAGCCUUACAUGAAUGCUUCUUCUGUUGCAAAGAUUGUUGAAGUUGUUCAGAGGUGGAAAUGGGGACCGGAGUUGGAGACUCAGUUAGAUAAACUCCAGUUUGUUCCGAAUAUGGUUCAUAUUACGCAGUCUUUGAAGAUUGUUAAAGAGGUUGAUGCGGCGCUGAGUCUGUUUAGGUGGGCUAAGAAGCAGCCUUGGUAUCUGCCUUCGGAUGAAUGUUAUGUCGUGUUGUUUGAUGGGUUGAACCAGGGAAGGGAUUUUGUUGGGAUUCAGUCGUUGUUUGAGGAGAUGGUUCAAGACUCGAGUAGUCACGGUGAUUUGUCGUUUAACGCCUAUAACCAAGUGAUUCAGUAUUUGGCUAAAGCUGAGAAACUGGAGGUUGCUUUUUGUUGUUUCAAAAAGGCUCAAGAGUCGGGAUGCAAAAUUGAUACGCAGACAUAUAAUAAUCUAAUGAUGUUGUUUCUGAACAAAGGUCUCCCGUAUAAGGCAUUUGAGAUUUAUGAGAGCAUGGAGAAAACUGAUAGUUUGUUGGAUGGGUCAACUUAUGAGCUGAUAAUUCCAAGCUUGGCCAAAUCCGGCCGUCUUGAUGCAGCUUUCAAGCUUUUUCAGCAAAUGAAAGAAAGGAAACUCCGACCAAGCUUUAGUGUGUUUUCUUCGCUUGUUGAUUCAAUGGGGAAAGCUGGUCGAUUGGACACAUCAAUGAAGGUUUACAUGGAAAUGCAGGGAUUUGGCCAUAGGCCAUCAGCAACUAUGUUUGUUUCCUUGAUUGAUUCAUAUGCUAAAGCUGGUAAGCUGGAUACUGCUCUUAGGCUUUGGGAUGAGAUGAAGAAGUCAGGUUUCAGGCCAAACUUUGGAUUGUACACAAUGAUCAUUGAAUCUCAUGCAAAAUCAGGAAAGCUUGAAGUAGCAAUGACGGUUUUCAAAGACAUGGAGAAAGCUGGGUUUUUACCGACACCAUCCACAUAUUCGUGUCUAUUGGAGAUGCAUGCUGGAUCUGGGCAAGUAGACUCUGCAAUGAAAAUCUAUAACUCCAUGACUAAUGCUGGGUUAAGGCCUGGCCUGAGCAGUUAUAUUUCUCUUCUUACACUUCUGGCCAACAAAAGACUUGUCGAUGUUGCUGGGAAGAUACUACUCGAGAUGAAAGCAAUGGGGUAUUCCGUAGAUGUCUGCGCUAGCGAUGUUUUGAUGAUAUAUAUCAAAGAUGCUUCUGUGGAUCUUGCUCUGAAAUGGCUUAGGUUCAUGGGUUCUUCAGGGAUCAAAACAAACAAUUUUAUCAUCAGGCAGUUAUUUGAAUCAUGCAUGAAAAAUGGUCUAUACGAUUCAGCUAGGCCUUUGCUGGAGACACUCGUGCAUUCUGCUGGAAAAGUUGACUUGGUGCUUUACACUUCGAUUCUCGCCCAUCUUGUCAGAUGCCAAGACGAAGAUAAAGAGAGACAAUUGAUGUCAAUCCUCAGCGCUACCAAGCAUAAAGCUCAUGCCUUUAUGUGUGGUCUCUUCACAGGUCCAGAACAGAGGAAACAACCAGUUCUAACGUUUGUCAGAGAGUUUUACCAAGGGAUUGAUUACGAACUCGAAGAAGGAGCUGCUAGGUACUUUGUGAAUGUCCUUCUCAACUACCUUGUCUUGAUGGGUCAAAUAAACCGAGCUCGAUGUGUCUGGAAAGUAGCGUACGAGAACAAACUCUUUCCAAAAGCCAUCGUCUUUGAUCAACACAUUGCUUGGUCUCUCGAUGUGAGAAACUUAUCUGUCGGAGCUGCGCUCAUAGCCGUGGUUCACACUCUCCACAGGUUCAGAAAACGAAUGCUUUACUACGGAGUAGUCCCGAGACGUAUAAAGCUAGUCACAGGACCGACAUUGAAGAUUGUAAUUGCUCAAAUGCUGAGCUCUGUUGAGUCGCCUUUUGAAGUCAGCAAAGUCGUCUUGAGGGCACCAGGAGAGUUGGUGAUGGAGUGGUUCAAGAAACCGAUCGUGCAACAGUUUCUUCUGAACGAGAUCCCAUCACGGUCUGAUAUAUUGAUGCAUAAGAUGAACGUGAUGUUCCCAAGCUCGGCUCCUGAGCUUAGAUCUAUGUCACCUCCCAAACCACUCAUGUCAUCGAAAGCGUUCUAACAGGGGAGACAAAAGUCAUGGGUUUUUGUAGGCGGGUUCUCUGUUUCAGAUCUCUCAUUGUUAAUACUUGUCUGAAAAUAUAAUGGAAAUGAUAUUUACGUCUUUAAAUCAUUGUUAGUUCAUUUUUGUUCGAUUACGUCUUUAAUGUCUCCGAGUAAAGCUUACGUCCUUAUCCUGGAUAGGAAUUAAUCU